AUGGAGUCUCCGUCAUCACAUGCUGGACAAAAGCGCAAAGUGAAUGAGAUGAGUUCAUCUGACGAAGAUGAGCGGCCUACUACAGGUUUCCGUGGCUUUGCGCGAGCCCGCGAGCGCUCCGAAUCACCUUCACGCAUGGGUGGCCUGGGAAGUGCUGCUCGCAACCCAUGGAACAAUAUGAACGGUGCUUCGACAGCAGAGCCCCCUCGAGGCGGAGCUGCCUCUCGCGGUGGAAAGCCCAUGUCCGGAAAUUCGUUCGCCGCCCGUAUGAUGGCCAAGAUGGGAUACAAAGAGGGACAAGGUCUCGGAUCCAGUGGUCAGGGUAUCGUGAAUCCUAUCGAAGCCCAGGCGCGACCACAGGGAGCUGGACUGGGUGCUGUACGGGAGAAGACGAAGCAGGCUCGCGACGAGGAGAAGCGGGAAGCGGCGCGACGAGGCGAAUCGGUCGAGGAUAGCUCCGACGAAGAAAAACGCCAACGACGCAAAAAGAAGCAGGAUCGCAAAACCGACUCGAGUCGCAGUGGCACGAGUACGCCUGUGCCUCGUACCAAACCCAAGUUUCGGACGGCACGAGAGAUUGAAGACGCAAUGGAAGGUCUCGAGGUGCCCAAUGUGCUCAAAUCGCUGAUCGACGCUACCGGAAAGGAGCAGCGAGUCUUGACGUCGACAGCAGGUCUUAUGGCGACACAAGAAUUUGUGAGCCAGGGUGAAUCGGAGGCUCUCAAGAUUGCACGACGGGCGCGCACCGAUCUCGAAGCCUUUGCCGACGAAUGGAAGGGCCUGACUGAACGGAAGAAAUUCAUCGAGGACGAGGAAGCUCAUGUGAUCAGCGAGUUAGAUGCAUAUCAAGAUCGGCUCAAUCACUUGACGGGCCUGAUCGCUGCGGUGGAGGAGCUGGAGAUAUUCGAGGAGGGGAACAAUGUUACCUCGAAAUUCCAUGAGAUGACCCAGAAGAUUGAGUCAAUGGACAGCAAGUAUCGGGACAUUGGCGAAGAACAUCGCCUAGUCGAAACAGUGGUCGCUGCUCUUCACCCGCUAUUCCGGCAGGCCAUGGAAGAUUGGGAACCUCUACGCAAACCGGAUUUCCUUGUAGCGGACCUCCUCCGCCUUCAGCCUAUUCUUUCUCGCCGGCCCGAGAACGGCGUCACUCAGCGGUCGUCAACCACUCCCUAUGAAACUAUGAUUUACACGCUCUGGCUACCUCGUGUCCGCUCCGCCUUUCUGAAUGAGUGGGAUGUAUACGACCCCAACGCUGCCACGGCGCUGAUCGUUGCUUGGAAGCCCAUUGUGCCGUACUUUGUGUAUGCCAACCUCAUCGACCAAGUGGUGGUGCCCAAGCUUAGUGGCGCCUUGAAAAGCUGGAGGCCCCGAAGCAGUCGACGACACCCUUCCCAGCAAGAUGGGAAGUUUCCGUGGUGGCUAUUCACCUGGUUACAAUAUCUGGGUGAUCGACACACGAACCCUCAGCAGCCUACAGGUCUCAUGUCCGACAUGAAGAGAAAGUUCCGCGUGGUGUUGGACACCUGGAGCCUUCGUCGUGGGCUGGUCAAUGGGAUUGAAUUGUGGCGCGACGCACUCGGCCCUGAGUUUGAUGUGUGCCUUCGCAACCACUUAUUGCCACGCCUGGCCCGCCACCUGCGCGAAGAGUUUGCUGUGAACCCGCAAGAUCAGGAUCUGACCGCGUUCGAAGAUGUCCUUCGAUGGAAGGGCUUUUUCAAGCCCAAUGUGAUGGGGUUGCUGUUGGUGGCAGAGUUCUUCCCCAAAUGGCACGAGAUCUUGUACAUCUGGCUCACCAACGACCCCAACUACGAAGAGGUUGGCGCGUGGUUCACCUGGUGGCAGAGCCAGAUUCCCAAGGAGGUCAAUGAGCUGGCCAUUGUGGAAGAAGAAUGGACCAAGGGGCUGCAGACGAUGAACCAUGCAGCAGAACUGGGAGACCGAGCUGCGAAGGAACUCCCGCGUCCGAUCCUCGACCGUUCCACCUCACUACCUAGUACCCGCGACGACAGCGUCAGGGAGGCCGCCGCUGCCAGCAAAACUACCCCGGCGGCACCAUCCAAGCCUGCCAUUGUGGAAGAAAUCGCGUUCAAGGACAUUGUGGAGAACUGGUGUGUUGAACAGGGUCUCAUCAUGCUGCCCUUGCGCGAAGCGCAUCCCAAGAACGGCUCCCCGCUAUUCCGCAUCACGGCGAGUGCGACGGGCAAAGGUGGCGUGGUGGCGUACCUCCACGGCGAAGUGGUUUGGGUGCAAAAUAAGAAAGCCAAGGAUUUCUGGGAGCCGAUGGGGUUGGAGGAUGCCCUGGUUGAGCGUGCCGAGGGACGGUAG